AUGCGGAGUUUGCUUACAAUAGCGUUGUGCAUAGCGCCACUAGAGUUUACAUUGGUUUAUAGGACAGCUCCCGAACAUGCAGCGGAUUUGAUACGCUUCCCUCAAGAGCACCGAAAAAGUGUGGCAACGGAGCGGAUGGCUAAUGAAGUGCAAGAUGUGCAAGCGAAGGUCAAGGAUAAGCUCGAGCAAAAGAAUGUGAAGUAUAAAGCUGAUGCGGACAAGUAUCGAAGUCUGAAAACUUUUGAUGAGGAUGACGAUGUUAUGGUAUUCCUUCAGAAUGAGCGAUUCCCGGUUGGAACGUAUAACAAGUUCAAGCCAAAUAAGUAUGGCAAAAUCCUUCAGAAAAUUAAUGAUAAUGCUUGUGUAAUCGACCUCCCGGUUCACAUGGGUAUUUUGAAGAUCUUCAACAUUUCGAACUUGUACGAGUAUCAGGAGGAUACUCCACUUUAUCUCGAUACAAGCUCGAGGUCGAGCUCUUUCGAAGAAGAAGGGAUUUAUGAAGAGACGACGGAGGCGAAAUUGCACGAGGCCAAGUUUUUCCGAACCGGAACGACGAGGUUGUUUAGGCCCUCAAAAUGA